AGCAUUGUAUUGGCGGUGGAGCAGACAAAAGUUGUCAGUUUUCUUCUUACCUCCACUUCGACAGGCAGCACCAGUAGUGCAGGGAGUUUUUGUAGCGUUUAGUUAAAUUCAGUUAAGUUUGUUUUUUGCAGUAGAGCUCUAAAACUGCAUUGACGCCAUUGAGGGAGCUGCAGACCGCGGAGUUUUCCAGCUCAAGCUAACUACUGCAGUGGAUAAGUUAUAGUUGGGUUCCCUGUGGGGUUUAAAGUUCAGCUAAAAGAAGCGUCCCUGGCUACUAGCAGGUACCUAGCUCCGUGUCUUAACCGAUUAGUUUGGUCACAAUGGCAGCAGUGUGCCAGCCACGACGUGCCUUGGUGGAAAUACCUCCACCGCAACCAAAAAUUGCAGCUCGAAUGAGGAGGUCCUACCUAGAAAUAUUAAGUGCUCGCUUGGCUCCAUCUCCACUUCCAAGAGGGAGAAAUACAUCUACAAACACGAAGCGUGGUCAGUCAUUGGACUUGCCCAUUGGUGGGGUGUGGAGUGGGAGCAUUGAGGAGCACUGUGAGAAGAUGGACGAGCAACAUGCCCCACUCUCCAAACAGCAGCUAGUACAGUUAAUCAGAUCCCUCAUCUUAGUUGAACAGAGCCAAGAACCCAGGAUCCUGUCCUCAGACUUGAAGUAUCUCCAGGAAGACUUGCAACUGAAGAAGGCAAAUGUUUACAGGUCCAUACCCUACUCGCGGUUUGGCUCCAAUAGGGAUGCUCACUGCUACAGAAAGGCAUAUCCUCACCUGGUGGCAUUCAAAGUUUCGUGUCAGGAGUGGGGCCAAGUUCUUCUGAGGAACAAAGAGUGGGACGCUGUGUUGGAGCACACACUGAUGGCGUGGCGCUACACCAGCGAGUUGCCACAGUGGGAUACAGCGAACCACAAUGCUCUCCGAGAACAGUGUUAUAGCAUUCUGGCAGCUCACAGCCUCACUGCUCUCCAGCACCACCACCCUGAACCCAACAGAGGAUGCGAGUUGCUUAGAAGGUUGAAGAUGGCUCAGCUGCACAGCCAGUCAAUUGUGCCUUGUAUUCAGGAAUUGCAGAGGAUAAUGGGAUAUGCAGGUGACUCCCCCAUGGAUACAAAAUAACGUGAUAAACACUCUUACCAAGUGGCUGUACCCAAGUGAAAAGUGUAGAUAGAUUCAUAGAUGACCUGAAUGAUUUAUGUGUGGUAAAGGGCCAAAAAAACAUUUUACAUGUUGGUGUUUGUUUGUGAAACCACUACAGUAUUCUUCCAAAGUGUACUGUAAAUGUAAUAAGUGCCAGAAGAGGCAGGUUUACAAAGGAAAAUAUAACCACCUUCAAAAUGGUUGGAAGUACAGUGAAACCUCAUAUUUAAUCGUAAUGCAUUUUUACAUCAACUGGAAAGCAUUAAUGUUACACGGAGUGUAACAUUUGUUGCAUUACUUAAUGUCCCUAUUACAAAAUGUUUUCUUUUUAGACAGCAUUCACAUUGUGAGAAAUGUUCAAUAUGAUUACAUUUUUGUAUAUUUUUUUAGAAAUUUAUAUAGAAUAACUUUUGUAUUGACCAUUGAAAUGUAAAGUAUAAAAUAGCCUUUCUUGUUGCUUUAUAUGGGUGUGUAUAUAUGUCCUUAUUACUAUUCACAAUACUUGAAACUGGCUUUUGCCAUCUUUGUCUGUAGUUAUGUUUUCUGUCUGUCUUUGUAGUGAGUUGUCUGUCACUGAUUGCACUGUUGCUGUUUGUCCUGAAAACUUGAAAAAAAUUUGAUAAAAUAGACCCAUAAUUUAAAUAAAAUUGUGACUUUAUAUUGCAAAGAA